CCGAUGCGUGGUUUUGUUCAUUCGCUUGAAAUACUCGCGGCGUAGCGGAUCGUACAAUCCGCGGUUCGCAAUCACUCUCCGUGCCGGUUCACACACUAUCAGUGUGAACGUGAAAACGGAAAGACAACACACAACAAAUAGAAGCGCAAAUCGAUUACCCAAGUGGAAGUGAAAUAUUUUCGAAGGUGCCAACCACUGUGUGUACCUUCACUUACACACUACACACAAUACGCAAAUCAGUGUGUAUCGGGGCGUGUGGUUUGAUACAAAAGUCAAAGGUUACUUUAGCAGUGAAAAAGAACGCAAUCUCGCGUGGAAAAAAGAGGUGCAUGAGCUUCCAGGGUGUGCGGUGGUGUUGGUGGUCGUUGCGAAGCGUAAUCACAUUAGGCAAUGGUCGUCGGCCGGCCAUCGUCGACGAGUGCUCGACGGAAAGGUGGUGAACGGUGGUGGUCGCCGUGACGGUACUGAACCGAGGGUUGUUGUUUCUUUAGCCGGCCGAAAAGUGUGUUGGCGACCGUACGAGGAAUGGUGAAGAAAAUGUGAAGUAUCUGCCAAGGUACAGAGCCAUAAGGGAGAGAAACCUGUCCACUCGUUGUGUGUGAUCAUCUGUGGAGACAGUUUUGUUGGUGACUGGAUAUUGCAGCGAGACACAGUAAGCUUCGCGAACCCACAAUUUCGACGACUGAAAGUGUGCCAUUUUAUAUGUCCCCGCGGCGCACUGUAUGAGUGUGUUUGUGUUUGUGUGCUACAGUACAAUAUCAACCCCUUUGUCCACCCUCUGAGGGUAAAACAAACCGCCUCCCCUUCGCAGCAUCCACCCUAAGCUGCCGUUGGUGGUGCGCAGUUUUUACGCCACCCUUGAUCCGAGACUACGCGGGACACAGCACACAGCAGCAUUAGCCGAAGCGGCCGCGAUCAUCAUUAGCAGCACAGGUGCGCGAACUCGACGAGACCGCCCUACCGCAAAAGACGGACUCGCGAACGGAGAAGAUUUUGGUUAGACCUGCUGGUUGCGUGUUCUGCUCCGUGGCGCUGACGUCACGGCACAAGCGAAGCGUAGAAGAAGUACUUCUUGUGUUUUGGGUUGCUUUGAUUGAAGAGCAUCAGAACGUUGUGCGUGUUGUGCUGGUUGUUGCUGGUGAUUGUACAACACAAUUGAAGUCAAGCUUUGAAGGAGCGUCGACAACAGCCCCCAGGAAAAAGUAAAGGGGGGACCCGAAGAACGAUCGACAAUUAUCCUCUUGGGAGAGCUCGCAGCAGCAAAAAACAGUCCAAGACAGGCGCAGCAUCACCAUGUUGAACCUCGAGACGGGUGAGAUGGAGUACGGCACGGUCGGCGGGUACGACCGGGACCGUAUCUAUCUGGACAAGGAAACGGGCGAGGUUAGCAGCGAUCCCACAGAGCAGAUCGGUUCCCGGCGGCGGCGCACCAAGUUUCACGUACCGAAACAGUACCUACGGAACCAGUGCGGUAUCAUUGCGCGGCGGCCUCCACCGUCAUCGGUACCGGCCGCACCGAGCGUCGGCUGUGCGAUGAUGGCGUGCAAGCAAAAGAUGAUACCGAUGAUGAAGGAGGAGAUUACGGUCGGCUAUAACAGUACCGCCCAUCUGCUCUUCCUGCUGCCACUGCUGUGCGUCACGCCGAAGCUGUUCGCGCUCGUCAUCUCGUUCGUCGAGGUGAUGCUGCACAUGUGGGCGCACCGGAAGAACAGCACGAACGGCAACCCGGACGUCUACUACCGCAGCCCGAUGCACGUGGUGACGCGCAACUUUUGCGAGCUGUGCCGCCACGAACGUUUGAUGGGCCGGGUCGGCAAGCUGCAGGACGUGCGGAUGAAGCAGAUGCAAAACUACUUCCGGAAGGUUACGCGAAACAUUGCCUAACGCCGACGGUCGGUCGGAUUACCUUCGCAGUGCAGCUGCUGCUGCUGCUGUUUUUGUAUACAACAAUUAUAGCAGCGCGACUGCGAAAGUGCUUCUGUUUCCCUGUUGAUUAUUAAUUUGUUUUGUUCUUUUCAUUUUUGCCCUUACCCUAUCUGUGCUAUUUUUUAUCAAUACAAAUUGCUGUAAAGUGAUAGGCGUAUACGGACAACAGCGUACACAUAUGAAUAAAGCAAACAAAAGAGCCAUGUC